AUGCACAAUACUGCUGGCGUUGAGCACAAGAACAAUGUGUUGAUGGAGUAUAGCGCCUGGCGAUACUUGGCAGCGAAUGUGGCCCUCUACAAAAAUCUGCUUGCGCAUUCUGGGUUGCAGGUGGACGGCGCGCUGUUGAAGCGUGUUCAACACGAAAAACCUUGCGAGGAACGACCUGGCUACGAAACGUUGGCAGACGCGAUGGUUAUCUACGGGACCGGAAACUUCUUUCCAACGGGCCGGGAAGGCAGCAUAGAAGGCAGCACUGCCGCCGCUUUUGCUGUGUGCAACUCGGACCCCGACUGCAUCACCUUUAACAACUACGGCUACACUGGCAACCUGGGAUCGAUGGUCUUCCUGGCGACCGGGACGGAGUUCAUAUGCACCUACUUUAAAAAACAGUGUCCGGACAAAUUGGGUUUUGAGGCUCACGCGCACCAGUUGCUCACACACCCGGCGGGCUGCAAUGGAACCGGCAACAGCAGCCACAGCGGCGGCGGGGAGCCCUUCGUUGAUCGGCUGCCGUAUGUCCGGGCGGCGGAGGCCUUUUGCCGGAUGAACAACAAUUGUUCUGCCUUUAGCAGCGACGGCAGUUAUAUGAUCGGUGGCCCGGUCGAGCUGGAGCCGAAACCCGGCAUAUGUACCUACAGAAAGCAGCUCUGCCCCCCGAUGAUCGGCUUCACUGCUUUCGAGGGCGUCAGUUUCAGGGUGCAAUACCCGCCCGACUCCACCCCCGCCAGCAGCACCUCUUCCCCAUCCUCGCUGACCGACGUGUACCAGGUCUGCCGCCAGGACCCCGCCUGUGUCGCCUUCGACAACCUUCACCGCUACUGGAGCAUCACCGCGCCGUCGAGUGUGGAGUUGUGCGGCCCAGGCAACACGAAUCCUGUUCCCGGGGCCUGCUUGUACUACAAGAACCCGGACGGCGUUACCUGGUCCAUCUAG